AUGGGUCGCAAAUUCAACCACCCCCCUACCCAGGACAAGAACUUCGCCCACAUCCGUCACCAGCGAUCGGGCUCAGGAAGAUCGGACUCACCCCGCUCAAACAUGCAGCCACGAUCAUAUCGCGACCGACAUGAGCCCCCGUCACCGACUCCGACUCAAAGAAUGGCGAAGUCGGCCGCUACCAUUGGCAAGGGAGCGUCAACAACCCAGCCCAGCACAGGGCAAAACGCCACCUCAAAGCAGGCUUCAGGCACCGCCAGCGUUGAUAAUACUUCCCUCAUGCCGCCCACUGACAAUUCCGCCCCGCCAAAGCUGACUGCUGGAUUUGAUGUCUCGGCUCCGGAUUCGGGCAUUCUCACCGCCAGGCCAGCCCCGGCCGCUCCCGCGGCCGCAGUACCGGCUGUACCCCAGCCUCCACAUCUGGACAAGCUGACUGCAAAGGCCGUACGCCUUUUCUCACACAAGUGCCAGAAGUGCGGGCUGGCUACUUGCAAAAACGUGGCCUUGGGGUCUUCUGUCCCCUGCGUUGAAAAGGACAUGCCAUAUUUCGAGCUCGUUAGCCUGCUUCCCGAGCGUAUAGCAACCAUGUGCCUUGACGAGAUCGUUCAGAAGUACCCCGGCGCGGAGCAGAUUUAUACGAGAGCCGCUACGGCACUUGUUCAAACUCGGGUCCGUUGCCCGGUUCUUUUCCAUGGAUCUGGCAAAGUGUUUGCCCGUGACAUGCACAUCGGCCGAACGGAUAUGAAUGACGACGAGUUUCGAGAUGCGGUGGACGAAUUUGUCGCUACUAAGCGAUCUGGCGCUCGACACACUAGGGAGCAGAAAGAUCGUUUCAAGCACUUUCGGGAAGUGUGCGCCUGGGAUCCCACCAGCAGCGAGUUCAAGAGCUUCCCCACACGAAUCCACAGCCGGGAGGAGCUGGCAUCGCUGCCUCCGAGUUUGAGGCCGAACUCCAAUGCUAGAUACGAGAAGAAGAUGAAAGAGGACGCCCGGUACGAGAAUCUCCGAAAGGAGAAAGAUGAGAAGGCCAUGAAGAAGGCCAAGGAGAUGGCCGAAAAGGAGAAGAUCAAGGCCCAGAAGCUGGGUCACACCGGCUCCCUUGUCAUCAACUACCACUACAGCCAGCAGGGACCCUUUGGCAAGGGAGAAGAGGCUGAGGACAAUGGAAAGCGCUGGAACUGUUGCGGCCGCUCUGAAUUUGAGAAAUGCGGACUUUGAGAGCCUGGGCAAAUGACACGAAAAGGCAAGCAUUGCCGUGGGUCUUUUUCUUUUUCUUUUCUUUUCCUUUUUUUCGAGUGCCCGGGGCGAGUGUGCCCCGGGUAUCUCUUUCUAUCAUCG